UGUCACGUUCGGGGGUUCCCGCUCCCGUAUGUUUGGUCACGUGACUCAGCGUUCGCGGAAAGCAGUCCUGAAGUCAGUUCCAGACAGGCAGACAGACGUGUGUACACUGAAAGGGGGGGGGGGGGGUAUGCGUGUACGUGUGUGUGUGUGUGUGUGUGCAUGUUCAGCGGGCAUCGUAUAUAAUGGCUUCAGUGGAUGAACAGAGGACAGACCCUGCCUGAAAUCCUUCCUGCAAAGAUGAAGGGACCAACGCUGGCGCUGGUGCUGGCCCUCGCGCUGCUGGUGCCGGCCUCUCGGGCCCGUCGCCUCGGGGGAGGAGGAGGCGGAGGAGGAGGCGGUGGAGGCGGAGGUGGAGGCCACAACGGCGGCGGACACCACGGAGGCCACCAUGGGGGAGGAGGCAGUGGAGGCCACCAUGGGGGAGGAGGCAGUGGAGGGCACCAUGGGGGAGGUGGCAACGGAGGAAACCACGGUGGAAACCACAACGGCGGAACCGGUGGAGGGUUCGGAGGAGGAGGUGGUGGAGGUCACAACGGAGGUGGAGGACUCGGAGGCGGCGGGGGACUUGGAGGCGGAUCCGGAGGAGGACUCGGAGGCGGCGGGGGACUUGGAGGCGGAUCCGGAGGAGGACUCGGAGGCGGCGGGGGACUUGGAGGCGGAUCCGGAGGAGGACUCGGAGGCGGCGGGGGACUUGGAGGCGGAUCCGGAGGAGGACUCGGAGGCGGCGGGGGACUUGGAGGCGGAUCCGGAGGCGGAGGAGGAUUGGAGGCGGCUUUGGUGGCUAGAUUCCUGAUCAAGCAGCACAAAAAAGGCAACUGAUAAUAGAUAAUGACAAUAAGUAUACGCUUGUUUCAAACAUCCACACAAGCUUAAUAAUUGAUAAUAAAUAAUGUAUG